AUGUUGGAGUACUUUAAGAAUAAUCAACUUGAAAGCAUGUUAUACAACAUAGAGCACUUAUGCCGUUCCACUGCAAAUGCACGAUUGGAAAAAAUUGAGAAAAGUACAUUAGCGUUUCAUAUCGACGAGCUCUCUUUUAUGAUGAGCAUGAGGCAUGAGAAGAAAUCAAGAGAAGCAAGAAAUAAAUAA